AUGUAUCCAGUUACCAAAGCCUCUCACAAUCAAAGUUUACCUGUUUAUCCUAUGGAUGAGUUGUUAAAAGCACGUAGUGAGUUUAGAUAUCGGUGGAGAAGACGAAUGACCGAAAAUCCCUUGGCCAGAUUAAUCAUUACUGAUCAUUACAGAUAUCCGCCUAAUAUAAUCUUGAAAAACUGGGAGAAAUAUCCGUUUGAUGAGACUGGUGAUGAGUCAGACAAGCGUCAGUUCCUUUCAACUAUGAGUGAUAAAAUGAGAAAUAGAAUAAUAAUGUUGAAGUCACAACCUUAUAUACCUUCUGAAAUUUAUGAUAAUAUGAUAUCUGAGGAAGAUUUUCAGCAUGUUUGUUCACUACUAUCAAAUGAGGUGUGCAUCACAGAGAAUUAUUUUCAAUCGAUAAGUCAAAAUCAAUGCAUUUCAGCAUGUUAUUUUAUAUGUGAUAAUUGUGAUUUUCUUGGGACCAAUGAAGACGCAGUGGAACACUUGAAACAAACCGGUCAUUCAACGUGUAGUAAAUACACACCAAUUUAUUAUGUGGAUGAAUCUGGUGCUACUAAACCUUGUGAACUAAAAGAACCACGGGUCAUCUUUUAUGCACCUGAUCGAAUUUAUGGUUGGAGUAUUGGUGAUUCAGUGAUAUGUUGUCCUACGUGA